AAAAGUUCCGAUGUGAGAUAGAAAAGGUAGAUAAAGUAGCAUUUCCAUUACAAUUUGAUAGCUCUGUAAGCGAAUACAUUAAAAUGAUAAAGUUAUAUGCUAUAGGUUAUGGCAAGGAUUUAAAUGAUAUAGACAUUAAAAUGAAAUUCAUUUGUGGAUUAUCACCUGUCAAUGAAAAGCGUGUGCAUGAUCAAAAUAGAAAUGUAAUUUUCGUGAUCGAGGUUUCCAAGAACGACUUUGUUUCUGUUAUUGCGGAUAGAGUUAGGGCCAUAUUAGCGCCUCAUCUUCCAGUCCGCCCUCAUAACUUUCAUCUUCAACAAAUUUAUCCAACCAGUAUACAAAGAAGACGUAUGCAACCAGAGAAUGUGAUUUCUGUUUAUUUUCCUGAGAAUCCGGAUGAAGAUAUGAUUCAUAUUUUUGUCUACCCUCCCCUUUCCCCUAAAUAA